AUGACCGGUAAAGGAAUAAUUAAAGAAGCAAAAAAAGAUAGAGUCGACUGUAUAACGUCGACUCAAGGAAUAGGAAGGAGCGGCGCGAGCGGUGUUGGAUGCAACCGCUCGGAGUGGAACGCGAUGACGAAAAUGAUAAAUGCGGCCGAGAGCAAAACCGACCGCUCAGUAGGUGACGAGGAUGCAGGAAUAAAAGGAGCUAAUUCGUGCCAAAAAUCAAGCGGAACGUGUAAGCGAUACAGUUCCUCCGAUGAUCUGCCAUUGGCGGCCAGUGCUGCACCCGGAAAAUAG